GCCCUUACGUUUUUUAUGUAUUUAGUGAGAUUUUGAGAAAUGUAAUUAUCCACGCGAGAAUGACUUACAAGCCCACUCCGACAAUAGACUGUGAUACACGCUACCAAGUUGUAUAACGGCAGAAUGGACAUACUUCUUAUCCACAUAGGAGCAGGAAACCAUUCGCAAGCCAAAAAUCAGCAAUAUCUGAAACUUCUCCGCCAGGCACUUGCAACCGAGGACUUUGUUGCCAGCUCCAAAGUCAUCGAAGCGUCAAAGCUCACCAACACCGGGUACGGAUCCUCACUAAACUACUUGGGGGUGGUGGAGUGCGAUGCCAGCUUUAUACGACAUGAAAAUGGAAAAGUGGAUAUGGGAUCGUUUGCAGCGAUGGAAGGAUCUCUAUACCCUAUUUCUGACACAAUAGGCCGAUUUGAGCUGGUGUGGAGCAAGUACAGCAGCAUGGCCAGCUACGGGCUAACCAAGCCCAUCGCAUUGACGGACAGCUCUUACAAAAAGAGUAUGGAUCUGGUCUCGGAUCUCAAAUGCCACAAUCUUGUGCUGAAAGAGGCGGAGAAAUAUUACAAAGCAUACAUUAACCAAUUGAAGGGACCAGCCGAGGUUUCAGAUACCGUUGGAGUUUUGCAGAUCAAGAAUGGAACUACAAUCAUAGGGACAUCAUCGGGAGGAAACUUCUUCAAGUUUCCUGGAAGGAUAGGAUGUGCUGGGGUAAUUGGAGCUGCAAUAGAUUUCAAGCGCAGAGAUAGACUUGAACUAAGCUGCAUGUGCAGCGGGAAUGGGGAGGAUAUAAUUAUGAUGAAGUUGGCCCACGAGAUCACAAAUCACACCUUUCAAGAUGAUGACUAUGGAGAGGAGUUGGUCCAAUUGAUUCGGAAUAUUGCAGACAAGUAUCAGUUAUUGGCGGUGGACAGCAAAGGAAUAACAUGUAUUUACGUGGGAGCAAUCUUGGUAAUCCAUAAUACUGUCACAGGAGACAAGAAGCUCAUUUAUUGCCAUAGCACCGAAUCUUUCUACUUUGGAUUUAAAAGUUCACAACAAAAACCACAAGUAGUCAGAAGUACACUAACAUCACCCGACAGAGCGGGAAAGACGUUUGCAUACGGAGAGUGUAAGAUAUAGACUACUGGAGGUAACCAAAAGAUAUAUUAAAUAUACACUGUUAACACGA